AUGGUUUUUCUUUCUUCUUUCUUUUUCUUUUCUUUCUUUUCUUUCUUUCAUUUCUUUUCUUUCUUCUUUUUUCUUUCAUCAAUAAUAUUUCUUUCUUCUUCUCUUCUUUCUUUCAUCAAUAACCUUUUUCUUUCUUCUUCUCUUCCUUCUUUCAUCAAUAAGCUUUUUUCUUUUCAUCUUUUCUUUCUAAUCUUCUUUUUUUCUUUCAUCACCUUUUCUUUCUUCUUCUCUUUUUCUUUGAAUUUCUUUUCUUUCUUCUUCUCUUCCUUUUUCAUCAAUAAUCUUUUCUUUCUUCUUCUCUUUUUUCUUUCAUCAAUAAAGCUUUUCUUUCUUUUCUUUCUUCUUAAAUCAAUAAUUUUUCUUUCUUCUUCUCUUCUUUCUUUCAUCAAUAAUCUUUCCUUUCUUCUAAGUUAUUCCUUCUCUUUCAUCAAUAAGUUUUCUUUCUUCUUCUCUUCCUUUUCUUUCUUCUUCUUUCUUUCUUUCUUUCUUUAUUUCUUCUUCUCUUCUUCUUUUUCUUUUCUUUCUUCUUCUCUUCUUUUCUUUUCAUCAAUAAUCUUUUCUUUCUUCUUCUCUGUUUUCUUUCAUCAAUUUUCUUUUCUUUCUUCUUCUCUUCCUUCUUUCAUCAAUAAUCUUUCCUUUCUUCUUCUUCUAUUCCUUCUUUCAUCAAUAAGUUUUUCUAUUUUUCUUUCUUCUUCCUUCUUUCAUCAAUCUUGCUUUAUAUUCUUUCUUCUUUCUUUUUUCUUCUUUUUUUCAUCAAUAAGUUUUUUCUUCUUCUUCUUCUCUUCUUUCUUUCAUCUUCUUUUCUUUCUUUUUCUUCUGUUUUUCUUUUCAAUUGUUUUUUUCAUCUUUUUCAUUUCUUUUCUUUAA